ACAUAUUAGGCCAUCCAAAGUCUAUCAAAAAAAUAAAAAGUCUAUCAAGUCUUGCACAACCAUCUUCACCUGCAGAAACUGAAACACCCCCACAAAAGCAGCACAAAAUUAUGGAACUUGUUGACUCUUCAAACCACGGUAUGUCAAUCUUGUUCUCACACUACUACUCUUCACUCAUGUACUCGGGUACUGAUUUUCUCAUGAAACCAGUUUUCCUACGUGGGUUUUCUGGUUCUUUUCACCUGGUAUUGUUAUUUGUGUUGUUUAUCUCAUGGGUGUGCAACAAAUUCAAGGUGCCCCAUAGUGAAGGUUCAAAUGAAAGGUUUAAUAACAGCAAGAGCUUGUGCUAUAAACUGCCUCAAAUUUGUUGUUUGGGUGUUUCUGUGUUUAGUAUAGUGUUGUGCUUAUUGAGUUACUUUUAUUGGUAUAGAAAUGGUUGGUCCGAUGAAGGGCUAGUGACCCUUUUGGAUUUAGCGCUUAGAACACUUGCUUGGGGUACACUUUGUGUUUACCUGCGAACCCAGUUGUUUAAUUCAGGUGAGUCAAAGUACCCUUUUUUAUUGAGAGUUUGGUGGGGUUUCUAUCUCUGCAUUUCUUGUUAUUGCCUUGUCAUUGAUGUUCUUCUUUAUAAAAAACAUGUUAGUUUACCACUUCAAAAUUUAGUAUCCGAUAUUGUCUCUGUUGUCUCGGGUUUGUUUUUCUGUUAUGUGGGGUUUUUUGGGAAGAAUGAGGGUGAAGAUACCCUUCUUGAAGAACCUCUAUUGAAUGGGGAUUCUAGAAAUGAAGCUGAGUCAAAUAAGUCCAAGGGGAAUGAAAAUGUAACCCCUUAUUUGAAUGCUGGAUUUUUCAGCACUCUUACUUUUUCUUGGAUGGGUCCUUUAAUUACAAUUGGCAAUAAGAAGACGUUAGACCUUGAGGAUGUUCCUCAACUUGGUCCUAGUGAUAGUGUAUUUGGGGCCUUUCCAAAUUUUAAAAAUAAGCUUGAGGCAGAGUGUGGUACAAGUAAUGGGUUGACCACACUGAAGCUUACAAAGGCGUUAAUCUUCUCGGCGUGGAAAGAGGUUCUCUUGACAGCCUUCCUUGUGAUUAUGAACACAUUGGCUUCCUAUGUUGGGCCAUAUUUUAUUGAUACUUUUGUUCAAUACCUCAAUGGGCGACGGAGCUACAAAAAUGAGGGCUAUGUUCUGGUUUCAGUGUUCUUUGCUGCAAAACUUGUGGAAUGCCUCUCACAGAGGCACUGGUUCUUUAGGGUGCAGCAAGUUGGAAUUAGAGUCCGAUCAGUAUUAAUUAUAAUGAUCUAUAAUAAAGGUCUAACCCUUUCAUGCCAGUCAAAGCAGGGCCACACUAGUGGGGAGAUCAUCAAUUUCAUGACUGUUGAUGCUGACAGAAUUGGUGAUUUCAGUUGGUAUAUGCACGAGACGUGGAUGGUUCUUGUUCAAAUUGUUAUUGCAUUGUUAAUUUUGUAUAGAAAUGUUGGGCUUGCUUCAAUUGCAGCUUUGGUUGCAACGGUAUUUGUGAUGUUGGCCAAUGUUCCUUUGGGCAAAUUACAAGAGAAGUUUCAGGACAAGAUAAUGGAAUCAAAAGACAAAAGGAUGAAGGCAACAUCUGAGAUUUUAAGGAACAUGAGGAUUCUAAAGCUUCAGGGAUGGGAGAUGAAGUUUCUAACUAAAAUCAUGGAGCUCAGGAAGACUGAGGCAGGGUGGCUGAAGAAGUAUGUUUACACUUCGGCAAUGACCUCUUUUGUCUUCUGGGGUGCCCCCACAUUUGUGUCUGUGGUCACUUUUGGUGCUUGCAUGUUGAUGGGGAUCCCACUUGAGUCAGGGAAGAUAUUAUCUGCACUUGCGACAUUUAGGAUUCUUCAGGAGCCCAUCUAUAGUCUUCCUGAUACAAUCUCAAUGGUAGCUCAAACUAAAGUGUCCCUUGAUCGAAUUGCAUCCUUCCUUCGCCUUGAUGACUUGCAGCCUGAUGUGAUAGAGAGGCUUCCAAGAGGUAGUUCCGAUACAGCAGUAGAGAUUAUUGACGGGAAAUUCUCUUGGGAUUUAUCAUCCUCAAAUCCAACAUUAAAAGACAUAAAUUUGAAACUUCAACAUGGCAUGAGGGUUGCUGUUUGUGGGACUGUUGGCUCAGGCAAGUCAAGUUUGCUUUCCUGUAUUCUGGGAGAAGUACCCAAGAUAUCUGGGACUGUUAAGUUGUGUGGAACAAAGGCCUUUGUUGCUCAGUCACCUUGGAUACAAAGUGGCAAGAUUGAAGAGAACAUAUUGUUUGGUAUGGAGAUGGAAAGAGAAAAGUACGAGACGGUCCUUGAAGCAUGUUGCUUGAAGAAAGACCUAGAAAUUCUCCCAUUUGGUGAUCAAACAGUCAUAGGUGAGAGGGGAAUCAAUUUGAGUGGUGGGCAGAAGCAAAGGAUCCAAAUUGCACGUGCUUUGUACCAAGAUGCUGAUAUCUAUCUGUUUGAUGAUCCUUUUAGUGCUGUGGAUGCUCAUACAGGAUCCCACCUAUUUAAGGAAUGUUUACUUGGUCUUUUGAGGUCAAAAACAGUUGUUUAUGUUACUCAUCAAGUGGAGUUCUUACCUGCUGCUGAUCUUAUAUUGGUCAUGAAAGACGGUAGGAUUACUCAAGCUGGAAAGUACAGUGAUAUUCUCAAUUCAGGAACUGAUUUUAUGGAACUUGUGGGAGCGCAUGAGAAAGCUUUGUCAGCACUUGAUUCCACUGAGGCGGGGUCAGUUUCUGAAAGUACAAGCGAGGAAGCCGGAAAUAUGGCUAGUACUAAUGGGGUUGUGCAGAAACAAGAAGAUAAAGAUGUUCAAAAUGGUAAAGCAGAUGAUGUAGUUGGGUCAAAGGGACAGAUUAUCCAAGAAGAAGAGAGAGAGAAAGGUAAAGUUGGGCUAUCAGUCUAUUGGAAAUAUAUUACUAUGGCAUAUGGCGGAGCUCUUGUGCCAAUUAUAUUGCUGGCACAAGUUCUCUUUCAGACCCUUCAAAUUGGAAGCAAUUAUUGGAUGGCCUGGGCAACUCCUAUCUCACAGGACGUGAAACCUGCAGUCAGUAGCUCCACCCUAAUUAUUGUCUAUGUUUCUUUGGCCAUUGGAAGUUCUUUUUGCAUCCUUGUGAGAUCCAUGCUUCUUGGAACAGCUGGGUACAAGACUGCCAGUCAACUCUUCAGUAAGAUGCACUACUGCAUUUUCCGUGCACCCAUGUCAUUUUUUGAUGCCACUCCAAGUGGACGAAUCAUAAGCAGAGCUUCUACAGACCAAAGUACAGUGGAUUUGAGGAUGCAAUAUAUGGUUGCAUCAUUUGCCUUUAGAAUGAUCCAGCUCCUUGGAAUUAUUGCAGUAAUGUCUCAGGUUGCAUGGCAAGUUUUCAUUGUUUUUAUCCCUGUGAUUGCAACCUGUAUCUGGUAUCAGCAAUAUUACAUACCUUCUGCAAGGGAACUAUCUAGAUUAGUUGGAGUGUGCAAAGCUCCAGUGAUACAACAUUUUGCUGAAACAUUAUCGGGGGCAUCAACCAUCAGGAGCUUUGAUGAAGAGUCAAGAUUUAAGGACAAAAAUAUGAAACUCGCAGAUGCAAAUUCUCGGCCAAGGUUCAAUAUAGCUGGUGCAAUGGAGUGGUUGUGCUUCCGCUUGGAUGUAUUAUCUGCAAUCACAUUUGUCUUCUCCUUGGUUUUCUUAGUCUCUAUACCAGAGGGAGUCAUUGAUCCCGGCAUUGCGGGCUUAGCUGUGACAUAUGGACUUAAUCUAAACAUGUUGCUAGCCUGGGUAAUAUGGAAUCUUUGCCAAAUGGAGAACAAAAUUAUAUCAGUAGAGAGAAUUUUUCAAUACAGUAGUAUCCCAAGUGAGCCGCCACUUGUGAUAGAAGAAAGUCAGCCAGAUCAUUUUUGGCCAUCACAUGGAGAAGUUGAUAUUCGUGAUCUCCAAGUACGGUAUGCCCCGCACAUGCCACUUGUACUACGUGGCCUCACAUGUACUUUCACUGGAGGACUGAAAACCGGUAUUGUAGGGAGAACUGGUAGUGGUAAAUCAACUCUCAUACAAGCACUUUUCCGGAUUGUUGAACCUGCUGCUGGUCAGAUAAUGAUAGAUGGCAUCAAUAUCUCCUUGAUUGGACUACAUGAUUUGCGAUCAAGACUAAGCAUUAUCCCUCAGGAUCCAACCAUGUUUGAAGGGACUGUAAGAAGCAAUCUGGAUCCACUUGAAGAGUACACAGAUGAACAAAUUUGGGAGGCUUUGGAAAAGUGUCAACUUGGAGAUGAAGUUAGAAAGAAAGAAGGAAAACUGGAUUCUACAGUUAGUGAGAAUGGAGAAAAUUGGAGUGUGGGUCAGCGGCAGCUGGUCUGCCUUGGCCGUGUGCUGCUUAAGAAAAGUAAGGUAUUGGUGCUUGAUGAAGCUACUGCAUCUGUUGAUACUGCUACAGAUAAUCUGAUUCAGCAGACUCUCAGGCAACAUUUUUCCAACUGUACUGUCAUUACAAUUGCACAUCGGAUAACUUCUGUUCUUGAUAGUGACAUGGUUUUGCUACUAAGUAAUGGGCUUAUUGAGGAAUAUGAUUCUCCAACAAGAUUGCUUGAAAACAAAUCAUCAUCUUUCGCUCAACUUGUAGCAGAGUACACUGUGAGGGCAAAUUCGAGUUUUGGAAAGUAAAGUGGCCCAUGCUUAUUUGUGCUCAAUUUGACUCUGGCAAGUUUGUUGACGAUGACGAAAAUUCAGUGAUUCUAUGAUCUUUUAUGAACUGUGAGAAGGAUGUCAGUGAGAUUUUGCAAACCUGGCUAGUGGUUGGUUUGUGUUUUUUGGGAUACAUUUAGUACAUUUCGGAUAGCAGAUGAUAAUAAUGGUUAUUGAUAAGAUUAUUUUGUUGUGACUUUUAGGCUUGAAAUGAAAUCUGUGUUUUUGGCAUAUUUUACGUCUGCCAACAAA